AGCUACUUCACCCGCAGUUGCUCAUCCUCCCUUUUCCUUUCCUUCUUCCUUACUCACCUUUUCUGCAUUUCCUAUACCUCAACUCUCUUUCUUCAUCUCCCCCCUCUGUCAACUGUAUAAUCAUGGCUGCAUCAUCUCAGUUCUCUAUCAAAUCCAUUGUUCGUCCUAAUAUCUUGGCCCUAAAGCCAUAUCGUUGUGCUCGAGAUGACUAUUCCAUGGGUGUACUUCUCGAUGCCAACGAAAAUGCUUAUGGCCCCGCGUUGAACCCUCUUUCAGAUGCAGCAGUUACCAGUUCUGGACUUGAUAUCAAUCGUUAUCCUGACCCACACCAGCAUGAUCUUAAGAAUUUGAUCGCCAAAUUCAGGAAUAUCCCCAAUGCCACUCCCGAGAACUUCUUUUUGGGUGUUGGUAGCGAUGAAGUGAUUGAUAUGGUCUUCCGGGUCUUUUGUGUCCCUGGCAAAGAUGCAGUCCUAAUCACUCCUCCGACCUAUGGCAUGUACUCUGUCUGUGCGCAGAUCAACGAUGUGGAGGUUCACAAGGCCACUCUAACCCUUGAUGGGCGGUUUCAAUUGAACGUUGAGGAGAUCGAAAAACAGGUCGAGGCUCACCCUAAUAUCAAGGCUAUUUUCUUGUGCAGCCCAGGAAACCCAACUGGAUCAGCAUUGACACACGAGAGUAUUCGUCGGGUCCUAACCUUGCCUAAUUAUAAGGGUGUCGUUGUUGUGGAUGAGGCAUAUGUGGAUUUCAUUGAUGCCAACAAAGAAGGCACCACAGCUACCUGGGUUAAUGAUUAUCCCAAUUUGAUUGUGAUGCAGACCAUGAGCAAGAGUUUUGGACUUGCAGGAGUUCGCCUGGGAGUUGCGAUCACUACACCCGAAAUAGCUCACUACAUGAAUGCUACAAAGGCACCCUACAACAUCGCUAGUACGACCUCACGAGUAGCUCAGGAAGCUCUUCAGCCUAAAGCAUUAGAAAUCCUUCGUCAGAACAUUGCAGUCAUGGUUCAGGAACGCACUCGACUGUUGGAGGCAUUCAAGUCUAUCUCAGGACUGGGUCGUGUUUUAGGUACCAACGAUGCCAACUUUGUGUUAGUAGAGGUGUUGGACAAGGAUGGCAAACCCUGUAAUGAGCGUGCCCACCAUAUCUAUACGGACAUGGCCAAAAACCAGGGACUGGUUGUUCGAUUCAGAGGCACAGAGAUUGGAUGUGAAGGAUGUUUGCGCAUCACUGUCGGUACACCUGAGGAGAAUGAUGUAGUCAUCAAGAGGUUGACGGAACAACUUUCUGCAUAGAAACAACACACCAAUGUGUUUAUUUCACG